GUAUAUUGAAUUCUGAUUCUGCUAUUGAAUAUCAUGUUUAAAGUAAAUAGAGGAUGAAUGAGGAAUUAACAAUCCACAAUACAAAUACAAAUAUUAAAGUGUACAGUUCAGUGUUUAUAUAUACACAAGGAAUAAAUGAACGACUCUAUGAUGAGAAUUGAUUUUGCAGGUUUCUCUAUACAUUGAAAAGGUAAAUGAAAUAUGUGGAGGAAAGGCUUAAAUGUACAUGUAUAUGUAAUAGCAGGAGCUAUAAUUGGAGUUUAUACAAUAUUAUUUAAUGAGAUGAAAAAGCUGGAGCUGAAUUUGAAUAAUAUUAAUGCACUGCUUGAGACUAAAUUUGACAGCAUAUCAUUCCAUUGUACUGAAAUUCAAAAGGAAAUAAGAAAAACUUCGUGGAAAAAUAUUUCUGAUAAUUCCAAGACAGCUUGGCGACGUUUAGGCUGUCAGAAAAACAUAACCCAUCCAGGAGAACUUAUUGGACAACCAUUUAGACAUUUUGAAGGUCAUAAUUUGUCUUUAUCGAAUCAUAUAUCUGGUGUUAAUCUGGUAAGAUACAUGGAGCUGGCAUAUCCUAUGUCUACUGAGAAAUACAGUGUGGAUAUUGGUGCAGCUGGAGCAUCCGAUGCCACUGACCUCAUGGCUAGGGGAUGGAAAGGUUUUCAAUCAGAUGGACGUUUUGACCAAGAAUAUCUUAGUCAACACAUUAACCAGACAAAUAGAAUUAUUGUUCCGGAAAAUGUACACAAUGUUUUAAAAAUCUUCAGUAUUCCAAAAAGAAUCGGACUCAUGAAGGUAGAUAUUGAUUCUUAUGACUGGGAUGUUCUUAAAGCAUUUUUAGAUGCUGGUGUCUAUGCAGAUAUAUACAGUUUGGAAUUCAAUCCUGUAUUUCCUCCAAACGUCCACUAUCAUAUGAAUUAUUCAACAGAUUUUGUUUGGACAUUUACAGCAAGUCGACCCUUGGAAAAACAGAUAUUAUAUGGUGCAUCCCUCAGGGCUUGGCACGAUUUGUUAGCUCCCCGAGGGUAUACUCUUAUAGAUGCAGACUGGUACAAUGCUUUCUUUGUAAGGGACAAAUAUGCUGAUAUUUUUGGUCCCAUACCAACAGAUUUAGAUACAGUAUGGCGGGUUGGAUGGUUUGAGCGUGCUGGUCGUCACACUCAAGAGGACUUAGUGACAAAGCAUUGGCUUAAUUACCCUAGGCAGGAAGUGUGGGCGACCAUGGAAACAUCUGAAAUAAUCAAAGAAAUAAAACAAAUCAUGGAAUAAUUUUCCAUAGAUCUAUUUAGUUCCCUACAGUGUAUAUAAUAAAAUACUUAGGAGAGAUACAUGUAAUGCUAUAGUGAGGAAAACAUUUGACAAUUUGAUGAAAAGCAUAGACACUGCUGCAGUAUAAAUUAAAAUAUAAAAAAAGUGCAAAAAACAAUCUGUGCUGUGGGAAAUUGAAAAGAUUAUAUGAAAAAUAACCGAAAAAUAAAGAUAAAUUUCAACAUGCAACUUCAACCUUCAAAUCUUCAAUCUUUAAUCUAACAACAUGUAGAAAAAGUGUAAGCGAAUUAUUAUGAGGUUCAACCAUCUCAUGAAGCAAGCAUAAUGACUAAAGAGGGCCUCUAAUGAAUCAAAAUGUUUAAAAGUUGUUUCAGACUUUUUCUUACAAAGUUGACUUUUUAAUUUUGAAUAUUUGAAUUUCAACCCUGGGUCCAGACUCUAGUUAUAAACUAAGCUCUCUAUAAAGAAGCGAAAUUGAUUGAAUGCCAGGCCUGUAGCCAGAAUUUGCCAAGGGGGUUUACUUUUUUGAAAAUUUCAGGGGGUUCACUGGGGGGUUGACAAUUUUGGUCCAAAAAUGGCCAAAAUCACUUGGAAAGUGCUCAGAAUGGUCAGAAUCACAGAUUUUGAAGAAUUUUUAGCCAGGAGGGAGGAAGUUUUGCUUGAACCUAUUGAUCUCCCCUGGCUACGGGCUUGAAUGCAAAGGGUAUUGAAUUUUCCACUAUUUUGAAACAAACUUCUUGAUUUUUUGAGUUGGGAUAUAGAGGGAUAAUAUACCUCCAUUUGUUUGCCUGUCCAUUAAUCCAUC